GACGCAAAGUCUAUAAGAAGGAAACACGCGAUAAGAGAAAAGGAUCUGCGAAGCUGGAAUGAAUUGUCGGGCCAGCUCGUGAGCAUUGUGGAGCAUGACCAGCACAUCCGCGGGCUGAACUCAUGGACCUCGUAGUGUGGGAUCUUACCUGAACGCGGAUGUCUGGUCACUGUUGGCCGUGAUCCGAGGCCACCUCAGGUCCGAGAAAUAGAAGGGUCGUAUCUUUUGGGUGCGAGGAGGGCUGCAGUGGCAGCUCUGCUCGAUCGGCUGGCCUGGACCGGACAGCCAUGGACCGAGCGAAAUUAGUGGAGCCCAUGCUCAAGAAUGUGGGGAAUAGGAAGGCAUUCUUUUUUAGUAAGGUGGAAAUCAUGCAGAUCAGAUUUGGAGCAUUUCCACGAAGGAAGAUUGAUCUCUUGCUAGGUUCUUCUGCGAUCGCAUGCUCGAAGUGGCUCCUCUUCGACAGCAAGGCGCUGGGAACAGGUGUGACUGGAAAUGGCAGCCCAAAUUUGGCGACUGCACGCAGCAGCAGAAUGUGCACUUCUCCGACAUAACAGACCACGCAGGGAAUAAUAUUCCCUACGGUUCUAUAUAAGAGCCUAAACGACCAGUGACCAUAGAACACACAGCUUUCACACAGCUCCAAACCCGAUCGACGCAGGCUUCUGAUCCGUGACGACUCUGAUCACUUCAACUCUGUUUUUCAGAUCUGGUCUCGCAAACCAAAAGCAGCAGCUGAGCUGAAUUUGGGCACGAAAGGGGGCACGAAAGCAAAGACAGAGCUCUUAGGUUUUUCUCGAGUUUAAUUUCCGCCGUUCUGUCGGAGUUUUAGAGGAUCCAGAUGGGCUCCUUGAUGGCUGGAUGGAAAACUCCGUCUUCGGGACAAUCUAUGAAGCGGUCCCACUCGUCGUUGACGAAGAAUGACAUCGAGAAAUUCUGGAGGGUGAAGCAGAGCACGUUCAGAAGGCAUCUACGACAAGCGCAAAAGGAUGCGUUCAUGGCACGAUCUAUCACUAUUGCAGAGGACGCUGCCUCCGAAAGUGGACUCACAGGCUCCGACCACGGAGAGUCCGACGACGAGGUGACGGCCACCACACCCUCAUCCAGAAAGAGCUCGACGAGCGACACAAAGAUCGAUUGGUGGACGAAAAGCCGCUGGGCUUUCUUGAACGAGCCGCCCAUCAUCGGCAAGAAACACGACCGAUACACGGCCCAGUUCCAUCUCGAGGGCAUGAACAGCGAUCCAGACGUCGACGUGUACUCGAAUCCAGGUCGGAAGAUGAGAAGAAGGGGGAGCUUACCAGCGAUGCCAUUCAAACUCUAAACUUGAUUCCAGUCCCCAAAAUCAUGGGGGUGUAAAGUAUUUGCAGCUCUGGAAUGUACCAACAGGGCCUUGUAGCUUUUACUGUAGUGUGUCAGAGACUUUAUGAACCCAGAAGGGUUUAGCAGCUCUGAUCUCUCUCUCUCCAUCUUUCUCCUCUGAUGAUUCUCGCCGAUCACCAUAGGAGAGGACUCAGGUCAUCUGCAUCAGAGCGGGUCCUAGAAUGUUAGGGGCCCUCGAGAGACAUUAUCGAGACUGCCGUGCUGCAAGGAUCCCUCGAUGUUGACGAGGACUUCCCCGUCCACUUAUUGAUCCAAGGGGCAAGAAAAAAGGUGUGGAACUAACCAACUGCGCAGAAGCUAAGAAUAUCUGAUCACCUCGGAACUUUACGAGAUCGAAUUCCAUUAGUGCUCCAGAUGCGGAUUUCAACGAAGGAUAAUUGGAUGGAUGGAUGUACCGUCAACGUCGAAUGGGACUGCAGUCGUUGUUGUUCUCCUAGCAGCAUUUCAACCUCUUAGAUGUGCCACAGAGCUGCAAAGUACACUGUCCCUUUCGGCAGAGCAUACCUUUCUGUAUGAGUCUGCAUGCAGCCCCAGAGCCAUGGGGUUGCUGUUGGUCUGCAGACUUGUUCUGGUUCCAAAAAAUUGCGUUCUCUAGCUGCUCCGUUCUAGGUUCGAUUCUAGAUUUGAUUUGGCAGUUCGCAGCGUAGGACGGACAAACCUGGACUCUUGUUCUGCUGUUUAUACGUUGCUUGGAACAAGAUCUCUAUAAGGCAUGUUAUUCAUGGUCUCUAUGGGCCAAUAAAGUGCAAAUGCUUUCUACC